AUGGCUGCCAUGACGCAGAUCUUCAAGACGCUGUACCAGGAACACCCGCUUCAAGUGGCCAAGAAGGCCUCGAGAGAGGAACGUCGCGAACGCGAGUACAUCUCCAUGAGCCUCGUGUACGGGGAGAUCGCCUUCGUGCCGUUCAAAGUGGUGCUGGACGUGCUGAAGCGGUGGCACCAUGUGCUCAAGAAGCCCGGCGGGACGUUUCUCGACAUUGGCUCGGGCAGCGGCAAAGCCGUCUUCGCUGCCGCCUUGUUGCACGACUUCGACGCUUGUUACGGCAUUGAAGUGCUCGAGGGACUGCACGGCAUCUCCCAAGAGGUUCUGCAACGCUGGGAGAAGCUCAUCAAGCCAAACUUCGCGCUCUCGAUGCAGAAGAAGCGGACGCGCAUCACUUUUACUCAAGGAGACGCGCUGGUCGUGGACUGGCCGGCCAACGUGGAUCUCGUGUUCCUCAACUCGACGUGCUUUGGCGAGCGACUGAUGCACGCGUUGGCCCGCAAGCUCGCGCUCUGCUGCAAGUCGGGAGCUAUCGUCAUCACGGCCACGCACAAGCUUCCGGACGCCCAGAACUUCGUCGAACUGCGUCAACUCACGGUCACGCAGGAAGCUUGGGGCGACGCGACGUGGUAUCUGCACCGCAGGAAAUGA